AACAACAUGAUGGACCGUUUCCGGAUGAUCUUCCAGUACUUCCAGUCCAACUCGGAGUCUGUAAUGAAUGGGAUCUGUGGGCUCUUAGCCCUGGCUAGUGUGAAGAUGUAUACUUCCUUUGACUUCAGCUGCCCCUGCCUGCCCCGGUACAACAUGGCAUACGGCCUGGGGAUCAUGUUCAUACCCCCCAUCAUCCUCUUCCUAUGCGGCCUCAUCCUCAACAGACAGUCCCUGGUGAUGCUGGAUGAGUGGAGGAGACCACAGGGGCACAGAAAGAAGGACCUAGGUGUCAUCAGGUACAUGUGUUCCUCCAUCGUGCAGCGAGCCAUGGUUGCGCCUGUUGUCUGGAUCAUAGUCACCCUUCUGGAUGGCAAAUGCCUGAUCUGUGCUUUCAGUGGCUCCAUGGAUCCCGAGAAGUUUGUGGGCUUUGCCAAUGUCACCCCAGUGCAGGUGGAGCAGCUGCUGGCCAAAGUGCCCUGCAAGGACGAUGAAGUCAUGAGGAACAACACGUCCCACAAGGCAGUGUCCAGGUACCUGCGCUGCUGGUCCCAGGCACUUGGCUGGAGUAUUUUGUUGAUCCUUAUCGUAGCAGCUUUCCUUGCCCGCUGGCUCAGACCUUGCUUCAACCAGGCCAGCCUCCUGCAGGCACGUCACUGGAGCAACUACAUUGACAUCGAGCAAAAGAUAUUUGAGGAAACCUGCUGUGAACACAGCCGUCUCUUUGCUCACAAAUGCAUCCUCCACUUCUUUGAAAGCAUGCGGCAAGAGAUCAAACUGCACAACUUCAACUUGCCUGGGGAGGGAGAGAGGGAUGAAGGAGAGGAAGAUCUUCUCCAGGGCAUCACAGAUCAGGACCAGGUGAACAAACUUCUGAAAACAUGGUACUAUGACAAGCCUCCCCUGGAUGUCAGUCAGGCAACCCAGAGGCAUCCUCUGGGGCGAGAGAGAUCCCCUCUGCCCUGGGCAGACAGCCCCAGAACCCGCUCCAAGUUCCCCCAGCACACCAAUGUGUAAAGGGGGCUUUGUCCCACAGACACUGAAGGAGUCCUGCCAAGUCUCUGCACAAAGCAAGGACCAGUGGGCAGAUGAUAGUGGUGAUCACACCUUCCUCCAGAACCCCAACUCCAAAGGCUCUGCUUCAGGGCAUGCCUGGCAAAACCUCCAAAAUAAACAAACUCUGAGGAUCCAAAGGUCCAGGACUCAGUCACUGUUAAUGACAUUUCUCAGCCAAGGGAUCUGUGUGGCACUUUUGCCAUAUUAAAAAGUUUGAAGGUCCUUACAGCUGUAAUAAAACCUUUCUGGCUUUAGGAAGGAUUUAAUCAAGGGAGCAACAUCUGGCUGUGUACACAAACCAGCUGGAGCGGCAGCCUCACAGAGGUGUGAGGAGCUCCUGCCCAUUCCAGUGAAACCUGGCUGAGAGGGUUAGCAGUGCUGACUCAGAAAUUAUUUAAUUGGCAAUUCUUUUAGUACCACACCAACACGUUUACUCAAAAAGGCAAAACCACCUCCAACAUCUUCCCAUCUGCUGAAAGCUCUGGCUGACCCCAACCCAGCUGCCAAAGUGUUCUGCCUCCCUCUAACAACCCGUCAAUACUUUCAUGCAUUUUAAAAAGAAAAUAUGGCAACACACUGAAAUUCGUGGAGCAGCAUAACUUGAAUUGAAGAUACCCCUGAAUAAGAAUAGGUUGGAUUGGGUUGGAUUUGCAGAAGGAAAAGGAGAUGGAGGCUUUGCUUAACACAUCCAGAGACACGGGACUGUGCUGGGGUUCAGGAACCUGCUCUAAGCACUGAUGCUGAGCCACAGAAAGGACACACUGACUCUACCUGAGAAGUCUGAACAAAGAUUUUAAACACUCUCCUGCUACAAUUAAGUACAAACCAAUCUAUCCAAAGGAUCAUCCUUGCAACACCUAUUUGGGCAUUUCCAUCCAUAGUUAAAAACUGUUUGAUUGUAACCUUAUCUCUGAGCCUCUAAUGCUGGUUGUUUUCUUACCUUCCUUUUCCAGCCCCUUUUGUACAUGGGGCCAACCGUGGUGCCAGUGUGACUGAUACUUCUGUCUAGUGUUGCU